AUGGAUAAAAAUGAUGAUAACAAACUCUUUAUUUAUUGUGCAGCCUUCGAUUCCAUAAAUUGUACUAGUGGGAGUGGCCUCGUCUUCCAAUAUGGAAAUACAUUGGUCGAAUAUAGAAUUUGUGUUGUGAAACCUUUGAUUUCACACUACAGUUCUUCAUCAAUUUUUACGACAAAAUGGGGACCUUAUCAAGGUGAUUACAAAUACAUCCUUAAAGAUACAUCAAUCAGCGAAAUAAGUGAUGAAGGACCUGCAAUAUAUGAAGAAGGGGCCGAGUCCACUGUUAAAAACUGUAAUUUCACAAAGGCUUUGUUAUAUAGGACAGAUUACCGAUUCGCUUAUGAGAUGCGUCACAGUUUCAAUAAUAACAAUUCUAUUAUUUCAUUUUCUACAUUUGAGAACCUGACAUGCUGUAGAUAUAUUGUUUCACAUAGUUCUUUCGUUGGAUUAUUGCAUCAUUUGGUUUUUAAUAAUAAUAUAUAUUUUAUAAUGAUGGAUUUUGAUAAUGGUUUAAUUGAUGCUUCUGAUGAAACAUAUUUAACAAUAAAAGAUUGCAUCAUUAUUAAUAACCUAUAUAAUUUCAUAUUUGAUACUUGUUAUGGUGGUGAAAUUGUUGUUUUAAAUUGCAAUACUGAUACUAGUAUAUCGAGUGAAUCAUUUGACCUUAAAAUUGGGCAUAUUGAAACAUAUAAUUGUUAUUCAAUAUACAAAGCAUCUAUUUAUUUGACUUAUCUAGAUAUAAUUAGCAAGAUUGUUACCAAAAAUGAUAAUACAAUAAUUCAUUCAAAAAUAUCUAUGCUUUAUAAUUUUAAAACGCAAUAUGUUACAAUAAUUUCAUGGAUUGACGAUAAUAUUGUUGAACAAGAAGAAAGUAAAAUCUAUAUCCAAGAAGAUUCCAAUUUACUCGAAUUUAAUCAUAAAAUUCGAAACUCGCAACCUAUUGGAAAGCAUACCCUUCAUUGUAAAAUUAUUGAUUCAUAUGAAUUUGAAAGCAAUGAAGUUAAUGAUACUUUUGUCUUACGAGCUGACUUAAAAUUAGACAUUGAUGAACUUCAAAAAUUGAAUUAUGUAAAGAACAGUAAUGAUAAAAUUAAAAUUAAAGGUAAUGGAACUGCAAAUUUUGAAAAUUAUAAUAUUACUAUAUAUUUGUAUAUUGACAGUGCGUUAAUUAAAGCAAUAACACCAGAGUCACAGUAUUUAAUAACAAGCAAAGAAGAACAGACAUUUAUUUUCAGCUGUGAAAUUCAAAUCCCCAAAACAUUAAACAUCGGUCAACAUUAUCUGACAGCUUAUGUGAAUUCGUCAGACAGAUCCAAAUUUCAACAGAUAAUCAAAAGUUUUUCAUAUGAUAAAAAUUUUCCAAUUUUGUUGGUAGAUUUCCCAUUGAAAACAGAAUACAGGCAUAAUAUAGAUAGCAUAUUAGAUGUAUCAUUAGAAUUUUACGAUUCUGAUUGUGAAGGAGACAUCACAUUUUUCUCAUGUUUCGACACAUAUUUUUCUUCAUUUACUAGUAAAGAAACGCUCAUUAAACAAUGCCGUGAAAUCGAUAAGAAUAAUAUCAUUGAUUGCAAUCCACAUCGAAUAGAAGACAUAAAUAUUAAUAUUUCUAAUCAAUUUUCAUCUAAAAUUAGUGAAGGAUCUCACAACAUCACAAUUAUUGGACUGGAUGAAACUAACAAGCCAUCAUUCCCAUCAACAUUUCAAUUUUUAUAUAAAGACAAUGAUCCUAUAUUAAAACUUAAUAGAAAGCCACAAAAUAAGAUAGAUAAAACUCAACAAAAAUUCAUUCCUAUUGAAGUUAACAUUACAAACAUUGAUGGUGGAAGCAUUAUAUCUUUUUAUUAUACUGUAAAUUCAUCAGAAUCAAAAUUUUUAUCAAAUUAUUCCAUAAAAUCAUCUUCUCCAGAAGAUAUUAUUAUCCAUCUUCAGUUAGAUAGUAAAUUUACUCCUGGUUGUUAUAGAAUCAAUAUAAUUGCAAUGAAUGAAAUGAAAAGGCUUUCUCAGCAACAAUCUUUUUCGAUUGAAAUUAUUAAGCCUUCAAUUGUGGUUAAAGAUCUAAUGAAAGUAUAUAAAAAGCAUAAUAUCUAUUUUAUGUUUUUUGAUAUUUUGUUAUGUCCAUUAAAUUAA